GGGCUCGGCGACGAUGUCGCUGGAGUCGGAUCCGGGCCGGCGGCGGAGGUCCACGCACGACUGCCUGGACUUCCCCAAGGAUUUGGAACACAAGCCUGACCAUCACCGGCGAGGUUCUCUCUGCGACCGGCAUUGCGUUGCCGUUAACAGUGCCCAGGUAGAUCUGGGCGACCUGCACUCUGGAUCCCAUCCGCACGGCAUCCUCACCCCCAGGAUCGUGCCAGUGAUUUCAAACUCUUCCUUCUGCCCUCUGCACUCCGAGGAAGUGCAAACGUGCGAAACCUGCCUCACGAAAACCACCAUCACGGCUGAGAAUGAAGUGGAGGCACACAAGCUUUCCAACAACUACAUGUUUGGCUUUAAGAAGUGGAAGAGCCACGUGACAGCCAGACCUUGGGAAGACCGCUCUGAAAUUGUGAAAGAGCUCUACUCGGAUCUGAAUGUCAUUAAAAGCUCGGCAGGCAGGACUGUCACAUGUGGCAACCUCUCCUACGUGCUCUUCUUUGGAUGGUGGCUCUCCUUGCUCUACGUCCUGAUCUCUCUCGUGAUGUUCCUCACGGUGGUGGGGGCCCCAUAUGGAAAGCUGUGUUGGAAACUGGCCGGCUACUUCUUCUGGCCUUUUGGAAAAGCGAUUCAGAAGACCAAAGUUUACAGUCAAAACUGCCAUGUGAGGUUCAGCAACUACGACACCAUUGCGGAAGUGAACGAGAGCAAGGAGACGGCUCCGCUUCUCAUCCGAAAGGGGCCGGUUUGCAAGGACUCCUCCGUCUCUCACUGGUGGCGUGUGAGCACUUACGUCUGGCUCUUCAUGGGUUACCCAUUCCUCUGCCUGGCCCAUGGGCUAAUCUGCUCCAUCUCCUGGCUUUUGGUCUUCACCAUCCCCAUGGCCAAGAUGAACUAUCGUAUGAUCACCAGGAUCCUGCUGCUGCCCCCAGAGCGUGUCCAUGUGCAGCGCCUGCGGAAGACAGAGGUGCCCCUGGAUGCUGAAGUGGUUCUCUGCUGCUACCGCGCAGUUAAUGCUUACUACUACAAGUACGCCGUGGAUGGGAUCAACGUCUUUGCUGUCAAUCUGAUUCCCCUGGUGAUUGUGACUCUGAUUCUGGGUUAUGGCGAUAAACAUAACCAUUAUACCGACUCGGUCGUGAAGUUCACCUUGGCUCUGGUCUCCAUAAUGCCUCUGUCGUACUACAUAGGCAUGGCGAUUGCUAGUAUCUCCGCCCAGAGUAACUUCGCAGUGGGGGCUGUGGUGAACGCCACUUUUGGCUCCAUCACCGAACUGACAUUCUACAUUACGGCGCUCAUCAAAGGUGCUCGUGAAAAGAACAAGUGCUACGAAGAAAUCGUCAAGUCUGCUUUGACGGGGACCCUCAUAGGCUGCGUCCUUUUUAUCCCGGGCUUGUGCAUGGUGAUCGGAGGAACCCGGCACCAAGAGCAGAGGUUCAACAGCCGGUCUGCCGGGGUGAGCUCUGCCCUUCUCUUCUUGUCCGUAGGAGGUGUGUUUGCUCCCACCCUCUUCUCCAAAGUGUACGGGCGGCUCGUCUGUGGGGAGUGCCAGAACAUCACCCAAGAGGCAGCAGGGCACUACGUCUGCCAGAGCUGCCACUUUGACCUGAUGGAGAACAACGGUACUCUGUACUACAGCCAUGUCCAGCCCCUGGUGUACACGGUGUCCGUCCUGCUUCCAGUGGCGUAUCUCAUUGGGCUCUUCUUCACCCUGAAAACUCACUCCCACAUCUACGACAUCCACGUCAGUGACUGCCACAUGCCUGGGCAUCACCACCAUGCGGUGGUCCAUUGGUCCCGUUGCCGGGCCCUGAUCAUCCUCUUGGUGUCCACUUUGGGUAUGUCGGCCUGUGCUGACCUGGCCACGGAGCACAUCAGCCCCAUCCUAAGCAGCUCAACGGUGUCACAGUAUUUCAUCGGUGUGACAGUGCUUGCCAUGGUGCCGGAGCUUCCCGAGAUAGUCAACGGGAUCCAGUUUGCCUUGCAGAACAAUCUCAGCUUGAGCAUUGAAAUCGGGAGCUGCAUCGCAGUCCAGGUGUGCAUGUUGCAGAUACCCAUCCUGGUGCUUUUCACAGUCUUCUAUGCUACAGACUUCAUCCUUGUCUUCAGUGACCUCCACGUCUACGCCAGCAUGUUCAGCGUGGUACUCAUGAACUAUAUCUUUAUGGAUGGCAAAUGUGACUACUUCCAAGGCACAGUGUUGGUGAUGGUCUACUUCAUUCUCCUGGCGGUGUACUUCUUCGCUCCCUCGCCCGCGGGCUGCUAAAGCAAAGUUCUGCGGGCCUUCACCUUCAUACCAUCUUUUCCCCGCUCCACACCCUUUGGGAAGGCAGCUGCUCCUAUUCAUCAGCAGCUUUUCCUUCAAGAAGGAUUUCUCUCAGGGACUUGGCUCAGGCCUGGCUUUUUUAAAAACCGUGAAGCCCGCCUGCCUCUGUGGGAGGAAGGAAUUUCUGCCACCGUCUUGACCUUUGCAACUCUGCGUCCCACCCCUAUGCAUAUCAAUAUUUUAAAUGAAAGGUGGAGUUGGAAGUCAACAUCUCUGCUGGCAGAUUUCUCUGGCCCCAAGAAGGGAUCCUGAUGACGGAAAUGGAAAGCUCUUCUGCCGCACACAGUGUUCCUGAGGUCCAGAAAACUCUCACGUUGGCUGAUCUUUUUUAAAAAAAGACUGAUACAUAGCAAUGUGUUAACAAUGGCUACCUCACAUCCUUGUUGCUGCCGUUGACAAGGACUUCCAAGGAAGUCUUUAGAUUCUCAGCACCGUUAAGGAUGCUAUUUGAUGUGGUAUUGCAGUUUGCCAUUAAAAAGAAAUUUGUAUUGAU